AUGAUCCGCAUUCUAACUGUGGCAACAUUCUAUUCUGAAGUUUUUCUUUUUCUCGGUGCAAAUCCCUCUUAUUAUUUCACUCGGAUUGGACAGCCCGUUACCGUCCCCUGUGUCUUCAACUGGAAACUCGAAUCUACCGAUCAGGUCCGCUGGUUCCGAGACAACGCGAGCGGGGGACUAACCGAGCUAUUCCCUGGUGAAUGCGGAGAUCCGGGCUCCCAAUGCAGGAUCACCAGCACCGUAGAGAGCAAUAGAGUCACGCUAACAAUCCGGGACACGCAGAGAAACGAUAACGGGCGAUAUUACUGCGGUGAACACAGUGGCAGCACUGUGGAAUUCUCAGACGCAUCCGUUGUGAUCGUGUCUGGAGUUUCAGAUGAUUCCUCUGUGAAUCCGUCAGUGUCUAUCCUGCCCCCCCUGGCUGCCUCCGGCAGCGCGCUCGAUUCCAAGGCGACCCUGACAUUAGUGUGUCUAUUCCGGGGCCUCUCCUCGCCUUCGGUUCGUGUCCGGUGGUUCAUCUCCGGUAACCUCACGGCGGAGGGAACGCCGAGCUCUGGGAUCAGAGUGAAGGAGGGCGGAGAGGGACAGGGAGACGGAAAGAGCUACCCCGCUACAAGCCGCCUGACAAUCCCGGUGGAGACGUGGAGAAGCGGGGCUGAGUGCGCAUGCGAAGCGCAGUUGAACUGGAACACUUCUAUCCGCAGCGGGAAUGUUUCAUACGCUGGGAUUCACGGGGCGGGUCUGGUUGCAGAGCGGUGCCUGGUUCAGUACGCCGUGUUCUCCGGGGUCUCACUCCUCGCUCUCUCCGCGGCUCUCUGCGGCUGCGCGCUGUGGACCCGCCGCCGCUUCAAACCAGCGUCCACUGAAGACUCCACGCAUGUAAUUUACAAAAGGACCGCAGGCAGCGGAGAUACAAAGAGGAGAGAUGAAGAGGACAGUCUGGUCACCUACGCGAGCUUGGAGUUUGAAUCCCAGAAGAAGAACAACACAAAGAAGAGACGCAUAUAAUAAUAAUAAUAAUAAUAAUAAUAAUAAUAAUAAUAAUAAUAAUAAUAAUAAUAACACUAUGUAACACAAUUUUUGUUCCUGGGUAGUAAGUGUUAUUUCCUAAUUGCUUAUGCCUCAAAAGUAUAGAAAAUGGCUAUUAUUCCUCACAAACUUUGCUUUUGUGACCAGGACAGUGAUAUUUUGAAAUUUACCUAUUUCCAAUGAGAAAACGGGCGAAUUUGUGUCUUUUCGUUCACAUUAAGUCAGAAAAAAACAACAUAUGAAUCCGAAUUAACAUGUAUUUAUACUAAAGUAAUACAAAAAUGACUACAAAAGAUUUAGAAGUGAGUAGUUUUUUGAGAUUUACGAUUAUACUGUAAAUCACUUUCACGAAUCAGCCCCCAAAUGUAGUCUCCCAUCAUGUUCUCGUUAUACUGUCCUUGGUAGCGGCGUUCAAAGUCCAGUAUAUCCUGGUGGAAGCGCUCGCCUUGCUCCUCCGAGUACGCUCCCAUGUUCUCCUUGAAUUUAUCAAGAUGAGCAUCAAGGAUAUGGACUUUGAGGGACAUCCUACAGCCCAUUGUGCCGUAGUUCUUCACCAGAGUCUCAACCAGCUCCACAUAGUUUUCGGCCUUGUGAUUGCCCAGG